AAUGGAGGGGGAAAGUGCAUAUAUUCACCACAAGCAGGGUGGAUUUGAUUUAAAUCACUAGUCAGUAAGACUUGAUUUAAAUCACUUGUCAGUAAGACCUGAUUUAAAUCUUUUUUUUUUCUUUUUCUUUUUUACAGAAAGACUCAUUCUCGCUGGUAUAAUCUUAAUAUUUACAACCAGAUGAAGGUUUCAUUUUUGGAAUAAUAAAUUUUCAGAGCAGUUUUUAGUUAUAUCAAAAAUUGCUGACUUGGUUAUACAGUGGUACCUCGGGUUAAGUACUUAAUUUGUUCCGGAGGCCCGUUCUUAACCAGAAACUGUUCUUAACCUGAAGCACCACUUUAGCCAGUGGGGCCUCCUGCUGCCACCACGCAAUUUCUGUUCUCAUCCUGAAGCAAAGUUCUUAACCUGAGGUACUAUUUCUGGGUUAGCGCAGUCUGUAACCUGAAGUGUCUGUAACCCAAGGUACCACUGUAUUGAUAAAAAAGUGCCAUGGGUGUCAGCACAUAAUGGCUGUGCAUACUGUCACAUGCACAACAGUGACUAGCCAAUCUCUCUCCUCCUCUCUACUGUCCUGAGCUGCCAAUAUUCCGUGAUAGCUGAGUGGAACCUCCAUAUUCAGCUGCAGUAUAUCCAGGGCCGGAUUUAGGUCUGAUGAGGCCCUAAGCUACUGAAGAUUUCUAGUGAACCCCUGGUAGAAAAUGGAAGCCUCAACUGCCCCAGAUACUCCAGGGGAACAACUAUUCACAGACACACAGUUCUUCAGCUAUGCUUCUGAGAUGGGCCUCUUUUCAGCUGAUGGGUGCAACCCAGCCUGUUACCCUGACUCUGGGGAGUUUCUGGGAGGCCUUGGUGGCCUGGGCGAUGUCGUCUGUUGGAGUGACAAUGUCGAUCAUUGUAUCUCCUACCUUAACAAGGAACUGGUGAUGCUGGGGCUCCCUGCGCUAUAUAAGGAUGAUGGUUCUGGAGAUGGUGCUGAGCACGGCUUUGACCUCCUGGCAUUAGUUAACAGUACUUGCAGACUGCUGAAUCUCUACCAAGGUGUCUCUGCCAAGCUGGGUGACCUGGAGGCAGAGGAAAGGCGACGGGCUGGAGAACUGGACUACCUGAGGUCACGACAUGGUAAACUCAAGGACCAGGUGGAAGCUUGUGAACAGGAAAUUGCAGCUGUGCAGAGCAAGGAGCAGCAACUUCAAAGCAAGAACAAGCAACUGAAUAGCAUGCUGAAAGGAGAAAAGGAUGAAAUCGCCAAGCUCCUGAAUGCGCUGGCCAACCAGAAGAGCCAGCACAGCCACGAAAUGAAAAGAAAGGAGCAAGAGCUACUCCGACUCAGGGAGAAGAUGAGCCAGCUGGUGACUGACAAGAAAGACAAGAGAGGAACAAUUGAAGUCCUCAACACCUUGCCCCGGGUUGAUGGUAGGAGAGCAACGUGGAAAACCGGGAAAACGCUUGGCAGGAAGGAGGAAGAGCUCUACCGCACCCAGCUAGCCAAGCAGGAACGGCGGGAGCAGGGCCUGGCUUUGGAGAAUGCCCAGCUGAAGCAGCUGCUGGGCCAAGUGGGCCAAGAUGUGGAGCAGCUGUUGGGGACUGACACCGCCCGGGAUGCAGAGCUAAGCUGCCCAUACAAGGCCUUCCAGGAGCAGUGGAGCAGGCUGAAGAGCAGCCUCAAGACCCUUGGGGGUCAAGCUGUCUAUGCUGCUGAUUCCUGCGUAUCUGAGGGAGGUGGGCAAGACCCGGUAAUCAGCGUGACGGAUCACGAGAAGGAAAUCAUGAAGCUAAAGGGAGAAAUUGAGGAGAGCAGGGUGCUGAUUGCAUUGCAGCAACAAUGUUUCCAGGAGCAAUUGACCGCUGCCUCCAGUUCAGAGCUCCCAGCUCACCUGAAGGGAUCUUAUUUUCUGGAGGAACAGCAGUUGCUGCAAGAAGAACAGAAUAGAUUUGAGGAGCAGAAACAAGCAUUUGAAGUAGAGCGGAAAAACUUCACGGAAGCGGCCAUUCGGCUGGGGUGGGAGAGGAAGCAGUUUGAGCAACGCAAGGCCCUAUUCUUGCAACAAGGAUUCUUGUCUUCGUGGCCAGGAUUUGAUGUGAGAGAUCCUUCCCGAAGGCUCUCUGCCCCAGUGGCUGCCAGGGGGGUGCAAGACGAGCAUUUGCUCAAACAAAGGACCUGGAACAAACCCAUCUGUACUCCUUAUCCAAAGGUCAUGAUCACUCCUUGCUGCAGCCCAGUGCAGGUCUUAAGAAGAAAACACCUUGCUUCAAACCCAACCAGCCCCACCAUGUGCAGGCAACAGCUGGUCCUCCCAGAUGACUGGCCAGCUUCUCCUCCACAGCUCUGGCAAAGUAGGAGGAGCUGCCAAAACACAGCUUGCCAAACUGAGAUGUCUGUGAAAGAUGAGCUUCAGGGUGACCUUUUAGAACACUUCCUGGACAGCUUUCUCUAGGGAUGCUCUUAACCUUGCUACCUGAGUGGGUUUUUGGUUUUUUUUAAAAAAGUUCCAUUUCAAUAUAUUUUGCUGUCUUAGUUAUAAGAAGCCGAAAUGUUAAUGCAUGACUCCUUAACCUCAGUAGAACUUACAAGAGAUGGCUUUCCCUCAUUUGAAAUUCUAUUCAUUGCUUCUGCUUAGGAAAAGCUGCUAAUGGGAAUAAAAUAUGCAAUUGAACUGUUUUGUAUGCAAGUAUAGAAGUGAUAUAAUCAUUACUGGUAACUGAUGCUGGUAACUGGACAUUUGAAUUUUAUAUGUUAAUACAUCUGCUCUUAGGGGUGUAAUGUUAAUGUCCAUUUUCCCCCAUCUGUAUCCCAGAACGUUCCAGUGGGGAAGGUUUUUAAGAAUUUACAAGUUAAGCACCCUGUUAUACCUCAUCUCUUUUAAAAGUUUUCUCCUGUUUUUGUGGCCAUAGAAUUGGGGGUUU